AAGCAGUGUUUCGUCAAUGGAAGGCAUAAAGAGAAAUGGGUAGAAUUUCUAAUUCAUUCUGAAUAAAUAUAGUAGGCUAGGCUACUUAUUACAAACGAAUAGUUGUUGUAUCACGCGCAAAGUAAUACGACUUUAUAACCACGUUAUAAGAUAUAUCUUGGUGAGGUUUGAGUUUGCCAUUAUUCAGUUCAACGAUUGAUAAAUGAAUGGCUCUGGUAGUGACUGAUCGGAGGUGCAAAUUGAACGGGUCAUCGACAAUUUACGGUAGGAUUGGCACAAGAAGAGAAGGCAAGACAAGCAGAACCGGUAAAAUGCAGCCUAAAGACACGGAAUAUUCAACAGAUGGGUUACCCAAAGCAUUUUUACACAGUUUGAGGACACUCUUUGACAUCCUUGAUGACGGGAAGAGAGGGUAUGUGCACAUAUCGGAGAUUGAGAGUCGAUGGCAAGGGGCAGAUACUCAUGAUUUGCCCGGCGGGGUGCUGGAGUGCCUGAGGCGGGUGGCCCCACCGCAUGGUUGCCUGACAUUUGAGCGCUUCGUGGCGGGGUUGCGAUACUCCAUGCUGAACCCGGACAACAACAACCAAAUGAAGGGCCCGUCUGCGGUGCACCCGGAACACCCGCACUCUAAACAGCACCAUCUGCCAGCGCAAAAACCAGCCCCGCUUUCUGCCUGCUCGGUCGGAACUCGGAUUGAAAACAAAGUUAUUCCACUGGAUCCGAGCAACGGGACCAACAAAACGCAUCACAACCGCGCGUCCUCACUUCAGAGUCGGUCCAGACAUGAGGAGGGGAACACUGGAUACCCAGUCACCUCUGCCGCAGGUGGCCCCGUGCGGUACACCAAUGCGGGUUAUGAGAGAUCAGGCAGAAGUUUGGAACGGAUUCCCAUUGUGCUCGAAAGCGGUUCGUAUCGAGAAGAUUUGGUUCGAAUGGUGAAGCAAGCUCAUCCACAGCAGAGUCGGGUGAGGUCCAUAGAGUCCCUUGCGCUCGAGUCACCAAGCCUCCAAAAACCAAGUAUUGUGGAGGCUGGUUUGCCGAGGUCCCAGAGUGAAUCAGCCACAGGAUUCACUGCCUCCAGACACCAUGGGCGGAGCCGGGAUGAGCAGAGACGCCACACCAUCACCAACGGAGUGGGUUACGGAAUGCUGAAGCAGAUGAAGGAGUUGGAACAGGAGAAGGACUCUCUGCUGGCUGGUCUGGAGGUGGUGGAGCGGGCUAGAGAGUGGUACCAGAACCAGAUCCACAAUGUCACAGAGAGACAGAGACACGUGGGCCAGAGCAACCACUGCACGGAUUUCUUCACAGAAUCACAGAAUCAAAGUCGCAUGGAUGUUCUGCUUCCCAAGCUGCAGGAAGCCAACCGCUGCCUUAAUGACCUCAUUUCCUGCUCAGGAAUGUCUUUCCCAUUCUCUGGCACCCAGCCCACAGCAAUCUCCUCCAGCUCCCAGCCUCCUGCCACUGCCCCACCACAAGCCAUUCAGAGACUGAAGGACCAGAACCGCCUUCUCACCCAGGAGGUAACUGAUAAGAGUGAGCGCAUCACUCAGCUGGAGCAGGAGAAGUCUGCUCUGAUCAAACAGCUGUUUGAGGCUCGCGCCCGGAGCACGCAUGACAGCAGCACCAUGGACUCCACCUUCAUCUGAAUACAGACACCAUAAUACAACUGUAGUGGUCUCCAGCUCUAUCUGGCCCCCCCUCACAACAAGACAACUGUAUCAGACUCAACUCACCACUCCUGGCAUGAUGAAAGCACCUUGAACUUUGACCCCCCACUUGACCACACCCUCUGGAUCUCACCAACUGACAACUCCACUUAAAAUGGCCUGCACACUAAUCUGGGCCGACCUCUCCCAGAGGAGAGAGACUCCCGAGUCCACCGUCCUCUGAUACCUCACCCACUGGGCAGAAAGCCUGGAACACCAUAGUCUAACCAUUCCUAACUGGGACCUGCCCAGGAUUCUACUCCCCCUCGAAAUACUCCAAGGAUCUAUUGUGAUCCACUAGGAUCCUACCUUAUUGGACCAGACUUUACCAGACUUUCCAGACUUCCCUCCCAUCACAGUAUAAGCUAUGUGAUUGGACAUCAUGAACUAAAUCUCAAACCCCUACAUGGAGCUACUGGAUCCCUGACAAUCACCAUGACAACAGCUCCUGUACAAAUGCAUUAGUUGGAGGGGUUCCAUUGGACACGCACCACACAAAAUGUAGUUAUUUUAUGAAACAUUUAUUCCAAAUACUUUGAUCUCAGUCAUACUAUGGUAGAUAUUUCUCCCCUUGUAUUCCAAUAUAUCCACUUGUGUAUCUCAAACCUAAUUGAAAUGGUUGGUAUGAUGAGAAGCUGGGCUCUCCUGACCUGGAGGAGCUUACUGGUUUCUAGAGAGCUUUUCCCAUCCCUCGGCGGCAGAGACGUGGAUGUCGAUUAAGGCAGCCCCCCGCACCUCUCUGAUUCAGAGGGGUUUGAUUAAAUGCGGAAGACACAUUUCAGUUGAAUACAUUCAGUUGGACAACUGACUAGGUAUCCCCCUUUCCCUAAGGAUGACAACAUGACUGUAUAGUAUCUAAUUUACUAUUUGUCACUCUUUGUACCCUUAAGUGAGCCAAAUACACAUGAUGUGAAGCACUAGUAUAUAUAGUCUAUUAUAAACUGGGUGGUUUAAACCCUGAAUGCUGAUUGGCUGACAGCUAUGGUAUAUCAGACCGUAUACCACGGGUAUGACAAAACAUGUAUUUGUACUGCUCUAAUUACGUUGGUAACCAGUUUAUAAUAGCAAUAAGACACCUUGGGGGUUGGUGGGGGGUUGGUGGUAUAUGGCCAAUAUACCAAGGCUAAGGGCUAUAUCCAGGCACGCUUUGCGUCGUGCGUAAGAACAGCCCUUAGCCGUGGUAUAUUGUCCAUAUACCACACCCCCUCGGGCCUUAUUGCUUAAUUACCCAUCAUCUUAAGAGUAUAACAGAAGCGCAGCAUGUAACUGUUGUUUUGUUUCCCUUGAAGGGAAUGUAUUGAGAGCACUAGAAAAGUGACACAUGUCCUACAAGCCAAGGAGACCUAGUAGAGGAGAGGGUAGGAGAGAAGUUUGCACGUAGAAGAGACUUGAAGAUGAGAAGGAUUGGUAUUUUCUGAAUGUGUUUGAGCCCUGGUCCCUGGUGGCAGAGGGACCACUGGAACGGGACAGGGUUCAGAGAAGAGUAAUGUUGGAUUGGCUAGUGGGAAAAAACGAGUCCUCCUUGGUUGAUAGACUUCAAAUGUAAUGUAAUGUGCUGUAAUGAUUCAUGCGAGACUGGCUUUAUAGUGCCACUUCCUCUCUGCCUUCCUACAGAGGUGUCUCAGAGCCUUUGUGUCAAAAAUGAGUAAUGCCAUGUUAGUACAGGAUGAACAGAAUGUGCUUUGUGAGACCUGGCUCGCUGAGAGGUUAAAACCAAGCAUAGGUACUGCUGCUCUUUCAAUGCUGUGCUCAUAAUGGUCCCACCGAACCAGAAUCUAAACCAGUGGCCUCAUAAACCACAUAGUCAACUGGGCCCAUUCAAUCUUGAAUCCUCUUACAUUUCUAAUUGAGAAGAUGUUUUUUAGUGGCAGUAAUUGCUAUUUAACGUAACUAUGUAAUGAUUUUGCAAUGCAACUCUUAUUACGUACUGUUGUGAAGUCUGCAUAUAAAUACUCUCUGCUGUGACUGACUGCCUAGCUGUCUCUCCUGUUUGAUUUUAUGUCUUUGGUCUUGUGAUUAUCUUGCUUCACAUUGCAUGUUAGUGAAUGCCUCGCUAUCCUUUCCUCUUUCUAUUUAAGUAUUCCCACUUAACAGUAAAAUGAACUUGACUAUAAGGUGCUAUAAUCAGGCCCACCUUUUUAUUUAUCUUGCAGUGUUUCACCUUGAGAUCACUUUGGCUUCACUCUUCUAUUCCUUUGUAUUUACAGGGUCAAUCCAGAUGGUCAUCAGUGGUAGAGGGUUUUGAAGAUUUGAUAUAUUGCCUCUUGUUGCACAAAGUUUACUUGAUUUAGAAAGAGGUCACCUCUAUUCAGGGGGAUGUUACAGGAUGUUGACUGAAAAGCUGUUGGGUGAAGGUGUCUCCAAGUCAUGUUUUACAUGGCACAGUUGGGAGCUUAGACCUUUCAUAUUACUCCUCAAUUAAUAUUCCAACCUCUUUUCCAGCACGGCAAACAUUUAGAAAAUGAAGUAAAAUAGAACAAAUAUUUACUUUGGUGAAACAAAUGUUUAUAUGGACAGCACACUGGGAAAAGAUGACACAUUUGUAUUAAUAUUUGAUUGAGUUGUCAGAAAACAUGAAUUCCAAUCGAAAUCAACCAAACCUUGUUGUUGAUUUUGUAGUUGGAACCUGGGUUAAAUUUAGAAAUCGGAAACAUCUAUCAAAGAGCCAUGUCGAUGCAAUGUUUACAUUAUGGGAACAACGUAGUCUCAAACAAUGUUUACAUUAUGGGAACAACGUAGUCUCAAACAAUGUUACAUUAUGGGAACAACGUAGUCUCAAACCAUGUUUACAUUAUGGGAACAACGUAGUCUCAAACCAUGUUUACAUUAUGGGAACAAUGUAGUCUCAAACAAUGUUUACAUUAUGGGAACAACGUAGUCUCAAACCAUGUUUACAUUAUGGGAACAACGUAGUCUCAAACAAUGUUUGCCAGUGCGGGGUGUCUAUGGAAAAUCUAGAAUCUUAAAACUGCUGGUACACAAAUGUCUGGAUGUAAGUAUGUCAGUGAGGAAGAGAACAGGUAUUCCAUGAGAUGUGAUGUGUUUCUCCUGCAUGGUGGAGAGAAUGAGGCCUGGUUGUGUGAGGUCUGUCUAGAGAGAGAUUGACUGAUACAUCCUCAUCUGAUACACUUUGUUCCCCUUCUAUUGUAUAACUCCUUGUGUCUGUUGUUGCUUGUUAAUAACACUAUUAAAUAAUCACACACAUAUACACUAGCA